UUCUUAUAUAGUAUGGGUAAUUCUAUUAAUGGAAAUUGAAUGACAUUGUCCUGCCUUUCAAUUUAGAACAAUGUCAUCUACCCUGCUAAGUACUCUGCUAACCCUUGUUAUAGUGACUUUAAUCUUUAAGAAAACAGAUGCACAAUUCAAGGAAUGGUGCAUAGCUGAUGAGCAGACUCCAGAUGAUGAGCUACAGAAGGCCUUGGAUUGGGCUUGUGGAAAAGGAGGAGCAGAUUGCAGUAAAAUACAGGCACAUCAACCAUGUUUCCUCCCAAACACUGUGAGGGACCAUGCUUCCUAUGCCUUCAAUAGCUACUAUCAGAAGUACAAGAAGCAAGGAGCAACAUGCUACUUCAACGCUGCUGCAAUGAUUACUGAUCUUGAUCCGAGUUUUGGUUCAUGCAAAUUUGAAGCUAUUCCCUAAAUUACAGAGGAGUGAAGAAUUUAUUUCUUUUUCAAGGAUCUGCUUAGUUUCCGGAGCGUUUGAGAUUCUGCCAAGGUGUUCCUCCCUUCUGCAAAUCCCACAACUUUGGGCUGUCUCUGCAGCCUAGGUGGAGAGCUUCUGCACGGCAGUCUGCAAUUUGCUCUGAUACGCUUUAUUUCAAGUUUCAAUAGACAUAUAAAAAUCAAUGUUUGGG